GACAAGCAGGCGUGUUUGAUAUAAGGCUGCGAAGACGCUAUGAGAUUGAUUGAUGUGCGCUCUAACCAUCGACUGGCUAUUCCUGGUGAAUGACAAACUGUUAAACCAAUUGGUAGAAAGAUCAUUUAUAUUCCCAUAGUAUCUUCAAUUUACGAAACGAUAAAAAACGUAAAGCCUAUGGACAUGGAGAAAGGCAGCUCGGGCAUAAAGCUAUAGGGCUACAAAUGAAGUGAGGUGACUGUACCUCAGUUUUCAUUCGGUUAUCAGGAUUUGGAACUAGAAUCCACAGAGAGCAAACAUGUGAGUCGUGACCGAAGCAAGCAAUGACAAUGUUAGAGCUUCGAUACUGCCACUAUUCGGCAUGAAAAUAAACGGCAAUGUUUUUGACGUUGUUUCGCGGGGAUUAUGCUACUAUUCUCGGGUUUGAAGGGAGAGAGCCAGGCAUCACAGCGUGGCACUAGAGAAGCCGGAGGUUAAUCACGUUUUCAGCACCUAGACAGCUCCUUGUGGAAGAGGACGUCUAUAUUCGGCAGCAAGGAGUCCCUUCUGCGAUCGCGGGGGAAGCCCUCAACCCUCACUAGCAAAUUUGGAGCGGUGUAGCCAACAACACACACAACGUUCUGACCUUUCUUCCUCCACUCUCCAAUGAUGCUGUUAGCUGGUUAUUUGGUGGUCAGUCAGGGACAUUUAAUAUAAUCUUGCUGAACGACGAUGGUGCUUGCAUUUCGGCUCCAGUCUUUUCGUUUUGCACAGGAUUCUAAGCAGCAGCAGCGGCAGGGGUGCUUGUCCAAUGUAAAAGUGCUAAGGAAGGGAGCAGCCUACACAUCGCCACGAGCUUGUAGCACGCGCCUCACUCACGCUGAUCAUCACAGAGGGAGACAUUAUCACGAGCACGCGGCCAACGGGAGGCUCGAUUAGAUUGUCAACAAUGUAAAUCAAGACAGGUUCAACAUGAGUCCAGCAGAGUCUAUCUGGUGUGGUGAACUCAGGAGCUAAGAGAGGCAUAGCCUGACUGAGAACUGAGUGAAGAUCAUAGCCUCCUCCUCUUCCUCUGUCCAUCACCAUCACCAUCCACCAACAUGGCUAACCCUCAUGACGUGGUGGAGCAGCAGGCUGGAGGCCUAUCAGACCUGGAGAUCAUCUCCCAGCCAGACCCAGUGGAGGAGCAUGGUGUGCAGGAGAUGGACCCGUCCUGCAUGGCUCCUGUCCAGCUGGUCAGCUUCGGCUACAGGGACCUUCCUCUGGCCCACCUGGACCUCUCCCUGGCCGGAUCACAGCUCCUCUCUAACCUGGAUGAGGACGACAACAGGGAAGGGUCUAACUGGUUGAAGCCGUGCUGUGGGCGGAGGGUAGCCCUGUGGCAGGUGUGUCUGCUCAGUGCAGGCUUCAACUGUUUCCUGGUGGCCCUGGUCAUCCUGGUGGUGGUCUUCUUGACCCUGGAACUCCUCAUAGACACCAAGCAUCUACAAUUUGCCAAUGCUAUUCAAUUUGCCAGCGUCAUCCAUUGGAUCAGCCUUGCCAUCCUUUCACUCUUCUUCACUGAGACUGUCUUCAGGAUUGUAGUCCUUGGGAUUUGGGACUACAUUGAGAACAAAGUAGAGUCUGUGACAGUGUGGCAUGUGAUGUUUGUGUGUACACAUGCCUGCAUGUGUGGGUAUGUGUGUGUGCUUGCGUGUGUGUGUCUGUGUGUCUGCUCCCUGCAGGUGUUUGACGGGGCAGUCAUCGUGUUGUCCCUGGCCCCUAUGGUAGCCUCCACGGUAGCCAACGGCCCCAGCAGUCCCUGGGACGCCAUCAGCCUCAUCAUCACCAUGCGCAUCUGGAGGGUCAAGAGAAUCAUCGACGCCUAUGUGUUGCAGGUGAAGGUGGAGAUGGAGCUGGAGAUCCUGCAGUGUGAGAAGAUCAAGGCUGUCAGGGAGGAGCAGCUGGAACGACUCACACAGAUCUGCCAGGAACAGGCAUUUGAGAUCAGACAGCUCCGGGCCCACCUGGCCCAGCAGGACUUGGACCUGGCUGCGGAGCAGGAGGCUGCUAUGCAGAUCCACCAUGUGUGGGGCAAACAGAGGAACAGCUACCAGGUGGUGGAGGGCCAGGGCCCUGGGGAGUCUGACGAUGAGGGACAUGGAGUCCUCAGGGAGACCCCAGCAGACCCUGUUGUCCAUCAUGACGACAUGAACAACUAUAUCAGCCAGUAUUACAGUGAACCAAGUAGUGACAUGGGGGGUCCUCGUGUCAUCACCACGGCAGCCAUCGAUGUCCACCUCCCUAAGACCCAUUACCCCGCCCACAACAACCCUCUGCUGGGCGUGGAGCAAAUGAGCAGCGCUGUGAGUGACACUUCCACCAGUGUAUCACGGUCCAGCGGCAGUCUGACGUCCCGCCCCCAUAGCCUGAGCAGCCACACCCUACGCUCGCCUACUACGGACUGCAGCAGCAGCACCACGGCCAGGGACUACCACACCCAGGCUAGGAACUACAAUUUCCAUACCAAGGCCCGGGGGCCUUAUCUGGACUACAAGUCCCAGAUGCAGACCCAGGACAGGGACUUUAACACCGAGCACUACAACACCCAGGGCCAGCGCUGCUUCCCCCUGCCCUACUGCAGCCCUCUGGGCCUGGGUCUGACCUCAGCCCAGCCUCCCCUUCCACGGGACCCCAGCGUGGUAGUCCAGGAGCUGCUCUCGUCCCUGUCUGAGGACUCCUGUCUGGCCCAGAAAGGCCUGGUGGACCCAGUUAACCUGAAGCUUCCCAGCCCUGCCGGCUCAGCCAAGGCCAGCCCAGAGCUGGAGCACAGAAUCAACAUCUACAACUGGAAGAAUCAAGAGGAGAACCAGUACCAGGGCCAGAGACAGGGCCGAGCCGCAGCCACUGUGCUCCUACAGACUAAGCCUCUCAUCCACCUGCAGGGCGGUGCUCCUGAGUCCUCUUUGGAGGAGAAGUAUAGCCUACUGGGUCCUGCUGAUGGUCCACUGGGCCGUCUGCCUGAUACAUAGGGUUGAUUCACACUACUGAGCUGAGCCAAGCCGAACCGAGCUGCAUUGUGCUGGCCUGGUUAUGCAUCCACCAUAGUUGUUUGAACCGUCCUGGAAAGGACAUGUGAAAAGAAUAUGUCAGAGCCAGCACUGGUUGGCUCGGGUCGGCACAACAGUGUGAAAAGGGCAAUAGUCCAUCCCAGAGGACAGAGCAUACAGCUCAAGACAGAACUGACUGACCUGGCUUCUCUCCAAAUCCUCAUGCUUCAAACAAAGUCAGAGCCUGGUCCAAGAUCAAACCUGGCGUUACAAAGACCAUCUGUUAGCAAGACAGCACAAACAGAUCUGGGACUAGGCUACCGCUCUCAUGUUAGUCUUCCCUUCUCUGUGGGGCUCCAGACAGAGACAGACAGACAGACACAGCCCUCCUCGACCUCAAUCUUGGGGUGACUUUGAAUAAUGCCCCAUUUGCACAACAAUGACCCAAUGAGGACAGAGGAGACACGUGUGGGCCUAGAAAGAAGCAUCAUCAGGAAAUUCCACUUUAAAUGGGGCCCCAAAUGGGAAACAAAACAGGUUGAAAUAAAACCAGCAAUGGGCCCUAUUCAAGCCUUUACAGAACACGCCUAUUCAAGUGUUCCUAUGUUAACUACAAGACAGAUUUGACAUGAGAUUUCUCUAAGUUGGGUGGGAGUGGGAGGCUUUCUUUUUAUUUGUAUUAGCUACUGUAACUGUGCAGUUCUCUCUGCUCUAACAACCAAGCCACAGGCUGCUUUCUCUGUACAAACUGUCUGUGCCAAAUAAACAGACAAUUUCUUACUAUACUUUUGUCUUUCUAUAACAGAGAUAAAGAGGUUUGUAUUGAAGUAGAGGAACAUCAACCAUAUCAAGCCUGACAUUUUCUAGCCAGAUACAAGAACAGGCAAUUGAAGAAAUGGAGGAAUUAAAAGUAUGAGGAUAGGUAGUGAAUGGCCCUAAAGGAUCCCAAGAGGUACAGUAUAGGAAAAGUAUGUGAAUCUGAUUAUGAGCAGUGAUAGAGGAUGGAUGUUUUAGAUUGGAGUGCUGGUAGCAUGAACCUUUCUUUAAAAGAUCUACAGCCUGAACAAGCCAAUCCUGUGCACUUUAAUCUUUACAGAUGUUUUGUAAACUUAAUGAGGGGAACUCAUUGCCAUAUUGCAGGUGGUGCCAUUCAAAUAAUAAAUAAACCUUUGUAACAUUAACAAUAUUGUGGUCCCAUUUUAUUGUUUUCAGUUGUAAAUGAGCCAUGCUAUUUUCAAUUAUAUUAUUUUGUACAUUGGUAGCAGAGAUUUUUUUAUUCACUCUAAUAUUCAUUAGUUGCAUUUACCAAGGGAUAUGAUGUAUAUAUGGAUGCACUUUACAAAGCAAUACAUGAAAUGACACAGUAGAACACAGCCCAAACCAAAAAGUACUACGAUGUAUUCGAGAUAGAAUCCUCUACAUGAAUAUGAAUGAGUUUGUUUUACAUGUGGGCUCUUUAUCAGAUAUGACUGAGCCUUCCUAUUGGCUCCAGACUCUUCAACAUCACCCUACAACACUUUUGCAUUAGCAACUGUCAACUUAUUUGCAUAUCGCUCUGAAAUGAAAUAAAUGAUUCAUAUCUAUUAACAUUGGAGAGACCUGUCACAACAAAACUGUAAUUGGUUAAUGAGGUUUGUCAUUAUAAAUGUCUGGUAAUGAGGAUUAAACCCCCUAAUUAACUUCAAUCAAAUAAUUAAUUGAGGACAUAAACUACCCAUUUUGUUGCUUGUCAAGUGUUUACAAGUAAAUGAUAUGUUUAAUUGUUAAUUAAUAACAAUCAAGGCUUCAAUCAAGCAGGCCUAAGUGUUUCAGAAGUAUUCAUUAAGACAUGGGGAUAGUAAAGUGGGGGUUGGGUGUAAUGUUAUUUGAGGACCUGGAUCAUAUGAAGUAAAGUCAUUAUGGGUUUCAAUAA